AUGGCGGGAGCACAACUCAACUAUACCACUACCGAAAAGGAGAUGUUGGCGGUUGUCUUUGCUCUCGAUAAGUUUAGACAAUACUUGCUUGGGUCAAAAUGCAUCAUAUACACCGAUCAUGCCGCUUUACGGUAUCUAUUCACUAAGCAAGAUGCAAAGCCUAGGCUUAUUCGGUGGAUUCUUCUCAUGCAAGAGUUCGAUGUAGAAAUCCGAGAUAAGAAGGGUACGGAGAAUGUGGUGGCGGAUCACCUUUCGAGAUUUGAGAAUCCGGAACCAAUUCCUAUUGGUGAGGAGAUUAAUGAGCGACUUCCGGAUUAUUACAAACAAGAAGUAGAGCCGGUGCGACGGAAAGACAAAUAUGCGGCCGGAACAAGCGCCGAAGGAGGAGCAAUACCGGAGGGCGUGCAAUGGGAGCCUCCCGCUCCUAAUGUGGAUACAAGGAAUGACUUUGAAGCCGCCCAACUCCGAUUCAUGGAGGAUCAACGCAAGAUGUGGGCACGUAUGGAAUAUCGCCAAAAGAGGCUUCAUGAUCGACAAAGGCGUCACGAAGAGAAAUUACGUGACUAUUUCAAUGCCCAAGGAGGGCCGGCCUAUCCAUCUCCAACUCCAUCGCCCGAACCACCGGAAUUCGACUAA